AUCAAUCGCAAGCUUAUGAAUAUGUAAUAGUUAGGAUAUUUAUAGCAUGAAAUAAUCUUUAUGUGUAUAACACGCUGAAAAUGAAGAUUUAUCUGAUUUUUGGAUGUUUAAUUCAGAUUGUUGCAUCUGCCUGUCCUAAUGGAUGGUUGACCCACGAUGGAAACUGCUACCACUUUAGCCACGAUGUUGAAUCUUGGACAGGUGCUUAUACUAUGUGUAAAAUUCUUGGUGGACAGUUGUUGGAGAUAGAUGGAGCAACAGAGAAUCAAUUUGUAAGCAGCCAAGUUAAAAUUUCUGGAAGAAACUAUUGGAUUGGACUUACGGAUGUCAAUGAGGAAGGUAGCUGGAUUUGGAUGACAAGCAUGACAAAACUGAAUUAUUCUAACUGGACACCAGGGGAGCCCACUGCUCUAAACGUCUACAAAGAAAUAGAAAACUGUGUGCUCAUUUACAAGAACAACGGGAUGUGGAACGAUUCACCGUGUUCUCAUACUAAUUUCUAUAUUUGUGAAAAGUCAGAUGGGGUUUCAGAAAUAAUUGGCUGA